UUUGAAUUUUUGUAAUAUUAAUAUGGUGAACGACUACGUAGAAGAAGAAGAAGCUGGCAUAUCGAAGCCUAGUAGCAAUUUCGAUUAUAUGUGUAUAUCGUUUUCAUUGUUUAAAGUUUACACUUCACUAAGAAAAAAAUAUAGUAAUCCUGAGGAGAUUUUAAUGAAAAUUAUUUUUUGAAAAGUUAAUAAUCAUAAUUAGUUGCAUAUUUUUUGCACUUUAUAUCCGGUCAAUAAAUUCUGAAUUUGCAAUAUACUAUUUUCCCAACCAGUUUGAGUUUAUAGAAAAUGAAAAAAGUUGCUCGCUUGCGAAUUGCUCAACAGGAUGAUGCUACCAGUAUUGCGAGUUCCGAAAAUAUGGCUGUGCGUACAACAGGACGUAUAAAAAAACCUAAAGCCGUCUUUGAUCCUUCUGACAAUUACUUGCCACGUUCACAACGUGUUAAUAUUGCAGCGACACAUUCAGGCGGGACGGGCCCCACAGCAACGGGAAUAUCUAUACUUAUUGAUCGGAAACGGGACACACCAAUUUUACAAAAUCAAGAUACACAGCAAAAUAAACGUCUUUCGCAAUCCUCAAUAACUUCGACCGGCACAUCAGGUUCUGUUGGUGAAAACGUGUCCACAGAAAUUGUAUGUGAUGUUUGUCAAAAACGCGAAGCUAAGCGCGGUACUCACGCCAGGAAUAAAUUGAUAUCUUGUUUGGAAUGCGAACGAAGAGUACAUAAAUUAUGCCUACAGGUGGAUUUUGAAGAUAUUGACAUUUUACGUCAGAACUACAAGUGCGAAAAUUGCCGAACAUGCGACGUAUGUGACGCUUUUAACGACUGCGAACCAAAAAUUAACCAACCAAUGGUGACGUGUUCUAAAUGCGUUAAAUCAUAUCAUCUGACCUGCCACAUACCUAAUGUGUUUAAAUACCAACAGACUUUUCGCUGGAAAUGCAACAAAUGUCAACCAUGUAUAAACAAUGGAGGUUCUGCUUUACCAGUGAAAACAAUACGGGAAAUCAUUGGUGACGAUUCACAUCGCUCAAAUCGAACCCAAUUUCUACAACAAAACAUAAACAUUGCAGAAGCUGCAGUCGAAGCGAAAAAUGCUGCUAGCAAACAGUCAACACAGGAUAUGCAAGUAGGUAACGACAAUGCACAAAAGCAAGGCAAGGGUGGCAUAGAAAGCGAUGGUAGUUGUCUAGAAAGCGGGGGUAGUAGUACUACAAGUAGCAGUAGCACGACCAGUAGCAACACAACUAGUUUAAGUGGCGAUGUAAAGAUUGGCGAUGCUGCCGCAUCAAAGAGAUCAAAAACAAAUCACGAUGAGGCAAUAAAUAGCAAUACACCGGUUAUACGAUAUAGCCCUUACGAACCAAUAGAUGUGCCCGAUGUAAAAGAUUGGAAUGCUGAUCAAGUCGCUACCUAUUUUGCCAAGUACUUUCCUAACGAGGCUCACGUUUUUAAGGAACAUGAAAUCGAUGGAACUUCACUGUUGUUGCUUAAGCGCAGUGAUGUUAUUAAAAAGCUGCCAAUUAAAUUGGGUCCUUCACUGCGUAUUUACAGUUUAAUAUUAAAAAUACAGACACAGUUAAAUGAUCCAACACUUGGUUGGAAUUGUGGACUUUAAAGCUAACUAGUACCAGUGAACGUUACAAACGUAUAUUUUAUCAUUAUAUUAUAUAUGUUAUUUGAAUUCGGUUCCGCUUCCAACUUGAAGAACUUGUUUAGUUUUUUCUUUAAUUUAAUUUUUUUUUAUUGUUUACCAAUUUUGAAUAUUUCUUUAGCAAUAUUUAUUCAUGCGAAGCGUUUACGCACUUAAGAAUUAUAUACUAUGUGCUCACAAUACGCAGAGUAAAAAUGUGUAUUUACAUAUUUAAGUUCGCACCACGUACUGACCCAUUGCAGUAUAUAUUAGUAGCGAAAUAUGAAUUUGUAAUAUUUUUCAAUAUCGAAUAAAAAAUACUGUUCUUUUAACAGUUUUCAGUUAAUUAA